CUUCUGUACCUACUUUAGUUCAUAUCAUAGAUUAUGUUUGCCUCAGCCACUCAUUUAUUUCAUGGAAAUAUCACUAGUUCUCAACUACUUUAUUCUUCAGUCAUCUCACCUUUCGUGCAAGACACCUUCCUGUACUUCCCUGAAGUUUACAACCAGUCUUCUGCAUAAAUUCUCAGUUUCUAAUCUCUUUUGAAAACACUAUUUUUUUUCUCAGACUUUGUUAAUCUCCUCACACUCUGGACUGGCUGACAUCUGUGGCAGUGUUUUAUGGACAAAGUGAUGCUGGAGACAGUAACUCAGAGCACGUUUCUGUCAAACGCAAUGGUUUGUGAUCCCCUGAUGUCUUGGACAGAGUUAUCUGGGACAACCGAAGAUGACUAUACCAGCUGUGAUCAUCAGAAGGAUUCUUAUUCUUUCUGGAUAUCCAUCCACCCAUAAUACUGGAAUAAGCACAAUAUCUGUGAAUGGUUGCAGUUUUGCUGUGACCAGUACAAACUAGAUGCCAACUGCAUUUCCUUUUCCCACUUUAAUAUCAACAGCUUACAGUUGUGCAACAUGACCCAAGAAGAGUUCCUAGAUGCUGCAGGCAUUUGUGGCCAAUACUUGUGCUUCAUCUUACAGAUUAUCAGGAUGCACGGCAUUUCCUUUUUUACUGAUGCAAAAGAAACAAAGCCAUCCAACAAGAGCUGUGACCUUUUGACCAAGUUGCCACCAGACUCAGGAGUUCUUUCUUCACUUCUCACGUUAUUCUGCAGUUCAGUCCCAACCCGUGAUAAGGCAUGCAAGAGGGCAGGUAGCAUUAAUGUCCAAGAACGUCAGAGUCAUGGUAGAAUAAACCUGCAAAAUUCUCAUUUGUGGGAAUUUGUAAGAGAUUUGCUCCUUCCUCCUGAUGAAAACAGUGGCAUACUGGAACGGGAAGACAGAGGGCAAGGCAUUUUUCAGGUUGUUAAAUCAGAAGCUCUGGCAAAGAUGUGGGGACAAAGGAAGAAAAAUGAGAGAAUGACAUCUGAAAAAUUGAGCAGAGCUUUCCGUUACUAUUACAAAACUGGCAUUUUGGAACGAGGGGACAGAAGGCUGAUGUACAAGUUUGGAAAGAAUGCCCACGGAGGGCAGGAGAACAAGAUACGAACGGCCCCGUGCUCCUUCUUCAGAACAAAACUUGCCACUGCCUGAAUAACCCAGCUGCAAUGGACAGUUGACGG